AUGGACUACUACAACAUACUGAAAGUGAGUCGAAGCGCUACCGACAUUGAUAUCAAAAAGUCAUACAAAAAGCUUGCUAUGAUAUGGCACCCUGACAAAAACCCUGAUAACAGAGCCGAAGCCGAGUCCAAAUUCAAGCUCAUUUCCGAAGCAUACGACGUUUUAACCGAUCCAGACAAGCGUAGGAUCUACGAUAACCACGGCGAAGCCGUCCUUAAGUCCGGUGUCGUCCCUUCUACACCUCGAACACAUUCUCAUUUUCCAUAUGCAUCUUCCUCGGCCUCAUGUUCGUCACGCCAGAAUCGUCAUACCGCCUAUCAUUAUAACCCUCGCAAUCCUCACGAUAUUUAUACUGAGAUCUUUGGUAAUGAUGGUAGGGAAACGAGUGGGUCUCGGAGGACAGCGAGAGGUGUGCCGUUUGGUGGACAUCCGAUGAAGAAAGCUCCUCCGGUUGAGCGUCCGUUGCUUUGCAGCCUGGAAGAUCUGUAUAGCGGGGUUGAGAAGAAAUUGAAGAUUACCAGAACUGUAACUGAUCAUGAUGCGAAAAGUCAUACUGAGGAGGAAAUUGUGACUAUUAAUAUAAAACCUGGCUGGAAGAAGGGGACAAAGGUUACCUUCACCGAAAAGGGUGACCAAGAGCCUGGCAUUAUCCCCGCUGAUAUCAUAUUUGUGAUUGAGGAGAAACCACAUGCACGUUAUAUAAGGAAUGGCAAUGAUUUGAUAAUUAACCAAAAGAUGACUCUCGUCGACGCCCUUACAAAUAAAAUAUUGGAAAUCCCUACCUUGGAUGGGAGGCGACUCAUGGUCCAGUUGUCAGGUAUAAUCACACUUGGCUAUGUGCACGUAGUACCUAAUGAAGGAAUGCCAUUGUCCAAAGAACCUGGAAGGAAGGGAAAUUUAAAAAUUAAGAUCGUUGACAUCAAGUAUCCCUCGAGUCUAACUCCUCAGCAAAGAUCUGAUCUGAGGGGAGUCUUGAGUUGA